GGGGGGGGGGUGUGCUUGUGUGUGGGUGUGUGUGAUGCCGGCGUGGACAUGGAGGAUCCCGGGCAAGAUGUGGCCUCACCAGCCACAUCUGGAACUGGCAAAUCUAAGUUGGAAACAUUACCCAAGGAAGAUCUCAUCAAGUUUGCCAAGAGGCAGAUGAUGUUGAUGCAGAAAGUUAAAUCAAGAUGCACAGAAUUAGAGAAGGAGAUUGAAGAAUUCAGAUCAAAACCUCUUGCUGGGGAAACUAAUGAUGUAAUUCAGGCUCUCACAGAACGGCUGGAUGCUAUUCUUCUGGAAAAAGCAGAGGUUGAGCAACACUGUUUAGCUUUGAAGAAAGAAAAUGUUCAAAUGAAGCAAGAAACUGAACAUUCCAUAACUAAGAUGGAAGACCUACAGAAGGAGUUUGAACACUCAAAUAGAAGUUACUUGAAGGAAAUUGAAAAUUGGAAAACUGAAUUGACUCAGUUACAGUCAAAGUACAGUAAAGAUAGAGCUGCCUUAGAGAAGGAGUUGGAGGAAGCAGUGAAAAAACAAAUAGGACUUUCAGAAGAGCUUAAAUUUAGUAGUGAAUCCCAAGAUGAUGUCAAAAAGUUGCAGGAAGAGAUUCAGAGAAUUAAACCAGCUUAUGAAGAACAAAUUUUAUAUCUGAAAAAGCAAUUGGAAGCCAUUACUGAGGAAAAGAACCAAGAAAUUAGUGAUCUCCAAAACGUUAUCAAGGCUAAUUCUCAACAUUACCAAAGUGAAAUCAGUAGCUUGCAAGAGGAGCUUUUUCAGCUAAAGACUACACACAAAGAAGAAAUGGCAACAUUGAUGCAUCAGCUUGAAGCUUCUGGUAAAGAACAUGAAGAAGAAAGAAACAAAUUUAUACACCUAAUGGAGAGUACGGCAAAUGAUGAAAACGUUCAAGAGAACUCUAAGCAUGAAUUUGAAAACCUUAAAGAAGCACUGAAUCCAGUUAAAGAAAAUCCAGUAUAUGACAGGGAGAUCCAAGAGGAUACAGCUGUAAAACAAAUAGUUAAUGAAAAAGUUAAACACUUAGAAGAUUCCUUGAAAGAACUGGAGUCACAGCAUAGUAUGUUAAAAGAUGAAGUAACCUAUAUGAAUAAUCUCAAGUUAAAACUGGAGAUGGAUGCCCAGAAUAUAAAGGAUGAGUUUUUUCAUGAACGGGAAGAUUUAGAGUUUAAAGUUAAUGAACUACUACUUGUUAAAGAAGAUCAUUGUUGUAUAAUUGAAAAAUUAAAGUCAGAGCUAGAAGUUUCAAGAAAUCAAUUUAGUAAUACUGUGAAACAACAUAACAUGGAAGUACAGAGUCUUAAAGAAGAGUACCAAAAAGAAAUAUCAGAACUAAAGCAAAUUUUAUUAUCAAAUUCAGAAAAAGAAAAAUUAACCAUAAUGUUUGAAAUGCAGGAUCUUAGGGAACAAUAUGAAAAUUUACAGCAAGAAAAGCAAGAAGCAGUUUUAAAUUAUGAGGGUUUGCGAGAAACCAUGGAAAUUCUACAGAGAGAAUUGGGUGAGUCAGCUGGAAAGAUCAGCCAGGAAUUUGAAUCCAUGAAACAACAGCAAGCUUCUGAUGUUCAUGAAUUGCAGCAAAAACUCAGAAUUGCUUUUAAUGAAAAAGAUAGUCUUAUUGAAACUGUGAAUCGUCUCAAAGGAGAAAAAGAAAUACUGUUAUCUAAGCAGGAUGAGGCACAGGAACAUGAAAAUGUAAUCAAGAGCCUUCAAGAGAAAAAUGAAGAAAUAAUGAUUAGUCUUAAUCAGAAAGAUAUAACGAUACAAGAGCUACAGGCAAAAAUAUGUAUUCUUAGUGAUGAAAAAGAUGAUUUCUUAAGUAAAAUACAAAAUGCCGAGGAAGAGUUGGAUAACAUCCGUGAAGAAUGUAAAAGGAAAGAAGAAGAGAUUGUAGAACUUAAGGAAAAAAUAGAUCAAAUUACUCAGUACAGCAAUGAACUGGAACAAAAGGUGAAAGCAUUAACAGAAGCAUGGGAAGAAACUUUAAAAGAAAAAAAGGACAACAACCAAAACAUGGAAAAACUUGAGAUUCAAGUUAAAGUUCUGUCUGAAGAACAGGAAAAGUUAUCAUCUCAAAUUAAGAACCUUCAGGAAGAAAAUGAAAGACUAAAUAAGGAAAAAGACCAAGUGAGUAAAGAUUUGGACACUUUUAUAUCUGAAAAAAAAGGAGACAUUAGCUUUAAAGAGCAAGCUACAGAAUUGGAAAAUAAACUUCAAUUGGCAAUUGAAGAAAAAGAUAAUUUAGAUAAGUUAUUUGUAAAGGAACAAACACAAAACUCAGUUGUUAGGUCUCAGCUGUAUGAUUUUCUGAAAGAGAUGGGAUCCAGAGUUUCAGAAAUAAAGGAGGAAGAAGAUAUCAUGAUUAUCCUACAAGCUGUAAGAGACUCUUUAGGUAGAAUGAAGGAGGAAAAACAGACUUUGGUUUUUCAGAAUAAUGAAACAGUGCUACAGUUGCAGAAAGAAAAUGAACAUAUCAAAGAAGAGAAUUUGGUUCAUUGUGAAGAACUUAAAUCUUUACUUGAAGACUAUGAAAAAGAGAGAGUUCUUCUAAAGGAAGAAUUGGAAGGAUGUCUGUCAGAAAAAGCAGCAUUGCAACUCGACCUUCAAGAGAUGAAUAAUGCAAAUGAAAAGACUAGGCUUGAAAACCAAAAUCUUUUAGCUCAGAUAACAGAACUUUCUGAGAAUCUUUUAUGUAACAAAAAUGAAAUUCAGGAUCAAGGAAAGUCUUCUGUAGAAGAACAAGAAAAUGUAAGACUGUUGCUUAAACAAAGAGAGGCAGAACUACGUGAUGUGAAAGCAGAACUGACAUCUUUAAAGGAUUCCUUAGAGAACUCACACUCUGUAAAAAGUGAUCAACAUUCAGUAAUGGAACUAGAAGAUAAAAUUGUAAAUUUAGAAAAAGAAUCCAAAGAAAAAGAAGAGAAAUUAAGUAAGAUAAAAGUUGUUGCCUUGAAAGCAAGGAAAGAACUUGAUUCCAGCAGAAAAGAGGCACAGUCUCUGAGGGAAGAACUUGAAUUGGUUCGAUCUGAAAGAGAUAAUUUGUCUACUUCCAUGAAAGACCUUAUUCAAGGAGCAGAAGGCUAUAAGAAUCUUUUUUUAGAAUAUGAUAAACAAGCAGAACAAUUAGACAUGGAAAAGGAGCGUGCGAAUAAUUUUGAGCAUCAGAUAGAAGAUCUUAUAAGACAAUUAAAGAAUUCAGGUUCUCAGUGUGACAGGCUGAGCUCUGAUAAUGAAGAUCUCCUAGCUCGUAUUGAAACUCUACAGUCUAAUGCCAAGUUGUUAGAAGCCCAGAUUUUGGAAGUUCAGAGAGCCAAGGUCAUAGUGGACAAAGAAUUAGAAACUGAAAAACUUCACAAAGAGCAAAAGAUAAAGGAGCAUACUAAUACUUUAAAGGAACUUGAAGAGCUUCAGGUACAACUUCAGAAGGAGAAGAAACAUCUUCAGAAAACCAUGCAAGAGUUAGAGAUGGUUAGGAAGGAUGCUCAGCAAACUACAUUGAUGGACAUGGAAAUAGCUGAUUAUGAACGUUUAGUGAAAGAACUGAAUCAGAAAAUUACUGAUAAAAACAGCAGAAUUGAAGAUUUAGAACAAGAAAUUAAAAUUUAUAAACAAAAACAAGAAACCCUACAGGAGGAAAUGACUUCACUUCAGUCUUCAGUGCAACAAGCUGAGGAUAAAAACACCAGAAUAAAGCAACUACUAGUAAAAACCAAAAAAGAACUAGCAGAUUCAAAACAAGCAGAAACCAACCAACUAAUACUGCAGUCAUCUUUAAAAGGUGAACUAGAAGCAAGCCAGCAGCAAGUUGAAGUCUAUAAGAUUCAGUUAGCUGAAAUAACAUCAGAGAAACACAAAAUCCAGGAACAUCUGAGGACUUCUAUAGAGCAACACCAGCGUGCUCUGAGUUCUUGCCACCAAAAAAUCACAAUUCUGCAAGAAGAAUGCAACACAACUAAGGCAGAGCAAGCUACCAUUACCUCUGAAUUCGAAAGCUACAAAGUCCGAGUUCAUAAUGUUUUAAAACAACAAAAAAAUAAAUCUUUGUCUCAGAGUGAAACAGAAGGAGCAAAACAAGAAAGACAACAUCUAGAAAUGAUGAUAGACCAACUGAAAAUGAAAUUGCAAGACACCCAGAAUAAUUUACAGACCAAUGCAUCUGAACUUCAAGUAUUGCAGUCUGAACACGAUACGCUACUGGAAAGGCACAAUAAGAUGCUGCAGGAGACAGUCACAAAAGAGGCAGAACUCCGAGAGAAGCUCUGUUCCGUACAGUCAGAAAACAUGAUGAUGAAGUCAGAGCACGCACAGACUGUGAGUCAGCUAACGUCCCAGAAUGAAACCCUCCACAGUAACUUCCGGGAUCAGGUGAGGCGUUUGCAGGAAGAGCACAGGAAGACCAUGGAGACAUUGCAGCAGCAGCUUUCCAAAGUGGAAGCUCAGUAUUUCCAGCUUAAGAGUGACCCCACUACGAGAAGUUCAGCUUCUUCACAUCAACCCCUGAAGAAUCUUCGUGAUAGGAGAAACACAGACCUGCCCCUCCUUGAAAUGCACGCUGUAACGAGGGAGGAGGGAGAGGGAAUGGAAACUGCUGACACUGAGUCUGUGUCUUCUACCAGUAUCCAUACACCGUCUCUGGAACAGCUUCUUAAUUCUCCUGAAACUAAACUUGAACCUCCUUUGUGGCACGAAGAACUCAGCAAAGAAGAAUUGGUUCAGAAGCUGAAUUCCACCACAAAGAGUGCCGACCACUUGAAUGGCCUCCUUAGGGAGACUGAAGCAACCAAUGCGAUUCUCAUGGAGCAAAUUAAGCUUCUCAAAAGUGAAGUAAGAAGAUUGGAAAGGAACCAGGAGCGGGAGAAGUCAGUAGCUAACCUAGAAUACUUGAAGAAUGUUCUGCUACAGUUUAUAUUUCUAAAAGCAGGGAGUGAAAGAGAGAGGCUUCUUCCUGUCAUAGACACAAUGUUGCAGCUCAGUCCUGAAGAGAAAGGAAAACUUGUUGCAAUUGCUCAAGGUGAGGAAGAAAGUACAUCUCGACCCUCUGGAUGGGCAUCCUAUCUACACAGUUGGUCAGGCCUUCGAUAACAUGGUGAUAAGAGAAUGUUUCUUGAGCUUGUAACCAAAUAGAAUAUUUGUGACAAAAAUAAGCCAGACACA